AUGACAGUGAAUGGUAUUGAUAUCAACAUGGAGAUUGAUACGGGAGCAUCGUUCUCGGUGAUUAAUGAGAAAACAUUGCAAGAAAUUAGUCGCGGUAAAGGAAAUCUCGACUUAAAACAAACUGAAAUUUCCUUACGUACCUACACUGGUGAGAAAAUAUCUCCGAAGGGAAUUACUGAAGUGGUGGUCGAAUACAAUAACCAAGUUAGUCGGUUACCCUUAUUGGUGCUGAAAGGCAAUGGUCCUAAUUUGAUUGGUCGAAAUUGGCUUGAAAACAUUUGCUUAAAUUGGACAAGCAUCAAACGACUAGCCAAGCCUAACUUAGAAGAGGUUUUAAACAAGUACGACGACUUGUUUACAGACGAAUUAGGCAAAUUGAAUGGCGUGACUGCCAAGAUUUACGUCGACCCGUCAACGAAACCGAUUUUUUGUAAAGCUCGGUCGGUACCAUACACGAUGAAACCUAAGAUUGAAAAGGAACUCGAAAGGCUCGAAAGACAAGGAACAAUUGAAACCGUACAGUAUUCAGAUUGGGCAACGCCAGUGGUACCAAUCAUGAAACCUGACGGAAGUGUUCGAUUGUGUGGGGACUACAAAAGGACUGUGAACAAAGUUUCCCGUUUGGAUGCCUACCCUUUACCUAAGAUCGAAGAAGUUCACAAUAAACUGGCAGGAGGGAAAACAUUCACUGAGCUCGAUUUAAGCCACGCUUACGAACAGAUGGUCCUGGACGACGCCUCGAAGGACGUGGUAACGAUAAACACGCAUCGUGGUUUGUACCGGUACAACCGUCUGCCAUAUGGUGUAUCAUCUGCGCCUGGAAUUUUCCAAAGAACGAUGGAAAGUUUACUCAACGGAAUUCCAUACACUGGCAUCCUCUUGAUAACAUUUUGA